AUUAUGUUGUCAACGAACAAUGACAAUUAUAUAUAAUAAUAUAAAAUUAUUUAAUUGCAUCGUUACAUCCAAGAUUCUAUUUAUUAGAAUUAAUUUGAAUAUAUUUUAAGGAAAAGACUUUAUUAAAGUCAAAUAUAAUAUUCAAUUUGUAAAGAAAAACUAACAAUAGUGCUUAAAACAAUAGACAAUUUGGAACGUAAUUAUAUUUAUCUUCAAGAUAUAAUAUUUUGAAUUAAUAAGAUUAUAGAUUUUAUAUAAAAAUUAAAUAAUAUGUUGAACGUGACACGAUAUUGUUCAAAGUCCUUAACAAAUUCUACUUUAACAAAAUGUUUACCGCCUUGGAGAAAUUUAUUAACGAACAACAACAGGGCAAAAGUAAAUGUAUUCCAAAAUGUUUUUGCACCAAUGAAAAGAAGUUCGUUUUUAUUGUCAAAGGAGUCACUUAGACAAUCUGGUACAAUAGCUAUAAACUAUGCGUCAAAGGCAAAUAAAAAUUCAGAUAAAAUUGUUGGCUCUUGGUUACUUAUUUGCGGUGGAAUGGUUUUCGUAGCUGUUGCUUUAGGAGGUGUUACAAGACUUACUGAAUCAGGUUUGUCUAUGGUUACCUGGAAAUUACUUGGGGAAAAAAUGCCUAUUAACGAAGAACAAUGGCAUAUUGAAUUUGAACGUUAUAAACAAUUUCCUGAGUAUAAAAUAACUAAUAAAGAUAUGACAUUGGAUGAAUUUAAAAGAAUUUGGUGGAUGGAAUACUUCCAUAGAACAUGGGGUCGAUUAAUUGGUGGUGUAUUUUUAAUACCUGCAACAUACUUUUGGUUUUCUGGUAUGCUUAAAUCAGAAAUGAAAAUACGUGUUGCGGUAUUAGGAUCAUUAAUCGGUUUACAAGGAUUAAUGGGAUGGUAUAUGGUUAAAUCUGGCUUGGAAGAUCGUUUUAAUGAACCUUCAGAUGUACCAAGAGUAUCACAGUAUCGUCUUGCUGCACAUUUAGGAUUAGCAUUUAUAAUAUAUUCAGGAUUUUUAUAUAAUGCUCUGAGCUAUUUAGUACCUGCAAAAAAAAUAGGAAAUGGUAGUCUUAAUAUUGAAAAUUUCAAUGCAGCAGUAAAAAAAUUAACAUUCUUUAGAUAUUUAGUUCAUUCUACUAAAGGGAUGAUCUUUUUGACUGCUAUGUCCGGUGCAUUUGUAGCCGGUAUGGAUGCUGGACUUAUUUAUAAUACUUUUCCAAAAAUGGCAGACAAAUGGAUUCCUGAUGAUUUAUUUGCAAUACCUCAGACAUUAAGAAAUUUUACUGAAAAUCCAACCACUGCACAAUUUCAACAUCGAUAUCUGGGUAUAUUUUCUUUUGUAUUAGUAAAUAUUAUUGCUAUUUUGGCCCGAAAUCAUAAACUUCCCGGCUAUGGGAAAACAGCUGUAAAUACUGUAUUGGGUGCAGGCUAUUUACAAGUUUCUUUAGGUAUUUUAACUUUAUUAUAUCAUGUACCAGUACCAUUAGCUGCAUCUCAUCAGUGUGGUAGUCUUAUUCUUUUAAGUAGUAUACUCUGGCUUUGUCACGAGUUAAAAUAUGUAAAAUAUGUAAAAAUGUUGAUGAAGUGAAAUUUUAAACAAUUUUUUGUAUGCUCUGAUCUUAAAAAAAAAAAAAAAGAUCGUAUGUAUAUAUUUUAUAUAAUUUAUAUUAUUCUUUUUUGAAGAAUAAAAAAAAUGUUAUUUGACACAAACCAUCAAUUUUAAUAACAUACAUCUUUAUUCUUAUCAAAUUUAUUUUUGAAAUAAGGAAGCAAAAUCGUUGCACUAGAGAAUUUUCACAACAUUAUGCUUUAUUUGACAAUGCAUUAUAUUAUAAUUAAUAUGUAUAGAAAUUAAUUUAUGUGAAUUUGUUAAAUAUCAUACCAAUAAUCAAGUAACAGUCUGAAUAAUUUAUAUUUUUCACUGUUGUACUUGUUUUUGGUUUUACAAUAUGAGAAAAAAAAUAAUAAAUAUCUAUUCUUAGAUAAGAAUAAUAUUGGCGAAUCAUGUAAUAAUCAUAUUACAUUCACUUUUUUUGUUGAUUAAAAAUAAGUCAGUAUGGACAUAACUCUACUCAUACUCUUAAUAAGUAACAUUAUUCAUUUGAUUAGUUUAAAAAAUGUGUAAACGUUGCUUAACUCAUAACUACUAUCUAAUCACAAUGUUUUCUUUGCAAAUUCCAAAAAUUUUUUCUGUAUUUUAUAAGAUCUGAUUAGCAACAAAUAUUUAAUAUGUUAUUGGCAGUUAUCCUACAUUGUCUUCAAUCAGUCAUUCUUUGAUCUUUAAAGACAUCACACGCAUUGGUCCAGCGUAGCAAUGUUAAUAUUAAGCAACUGCUCUAUUAGGCAUUUGGAAUUGCACUUUUAUCAUUGUAAAGAUGUUUAUUUACAUAUUACAUUCUUGAAAUGUUACUUUUAUAGUUCAUCGCACUUUGCUCAACAUUACAUAAUCAUGAGUAUUAAUAAACAGCACAUUAAUAUUAUUUGCAAAUAAUAUCGAAAAAAGAUAAAACCUAUAUUAAAAAUGUUAUGCCAAACGUCGUGUUUAAGAAAUUACAAGAUUAAGUUAUUAAUAGGUCUUAGUCAAAUACAUUCAGCACUGUUAUUGUUAUUACAAACGGUGUUCUCAUAUAUCUUCAAUAUUUUAUUCUUUUUGUAAUGUUUAAAUAAAUUAUAAUAGCUCGAUACCAAUUGAGCAAUCGAAAUGCAGUCUCUGUUAAUACAUUAUAGAUAACCCAAUUUUGGCAUACCAAUACUAAUAUCAGUCUGAUAAAAUUUAUUAUCACGGAGAACUUUUUGCAACAAUUAGUUGCUGUUAACAAGUAUUUCAUAAUAAAGUGUUUUACAAAGUAAAUGCAACAUUACCUUUGCUUGCGUUUAUACUAUAACUCAAAAAUGUAAGAAACAUUUUAAAACUUAUCCCUUUACCAGAAAAAAAGGAAAAAAAAAAAUAAAAGAAAAAUUUAAACGCACUGCUAUAUUCACAUGUAAAAAAUGAAUAAUGUUAUAGUAUAUAUUAAAGCAUAAUCAUAUAUACUAAACAAUGCGAAUUGCGUUUAAAGCUAACACUGAUAUUUAACACACUUUACACUCAUUUAUUGAAGCAAAAGUACUGUUCAACAUUUUGCUGUAUUAGUUUUGUGCUAAAGAAAUGCAUGAUUGUUCAAAUAUGUAAUAUUUCAUUUUGCAUAUGAAAUAGGUUUUAUACAUUUUUAUAUCCAGUAAAAUAUAAUUUUAAUAAAUAUAAUACAAUUGCAACUUGUAAAAGAAUAAUAAUUGAUGUAUAAAUAAAUUAGGCAUAAGAUUAAAUAUCUUAUUUCAAUAUUUAGCUUGAAUGUUGAUAAUUCGACAUGAAAUUUUUAUGAAUAUGAAAAAUAUAAUUUAUGGAAAACAUUACAAGCUGCUUUCAUUGAAUUAGUAAAAUAUUAUGAAAUUCAAUGUUUAUUAUAUGAUAGUGAAUUUAAAAUAAGUUUGUAUUUUCUAAAAAAGUGAAACUCUGUGAAACUUAGCAUAUUUGUGAAGAAAUUUUAAUAAUUGUAUGAAAAUGAUGAAUCACUUUUUUGAAAAUUUAAUUUGAUCAUUAUUUUGUAUAAGAUAUUUUUAUAAAUAAUAUAAAUACAUGUUUACAAGUCAUUAUUCAAAUAUCUCCAUUAAUAGAAAGAGUCAGUGCACAACCAACAUUUCUUUGCAUUUUAUACACAUAUUAUUUCUCUAGAGGCUCAAUAAGCAACAGCUAUAUUAAAUGAUAAAAACUUGCUAGUUUUAAUUUGAAAGAUUUUUUCAUCUUAUGAUCUUUCUGUUAUUCUUGUUUUUAUUUGUAAAAUUCUUGUUGUAUUUUUCAUUUGGAACAAAUAAAAAAA